CAUGCGCGAGAGUGGGGGCGCCCUCCCACUCUGUGACCCAGUUCCAAGGCUCCAGCCAUCCCAUAUCUCACUGGAGGUCUGCUGCCCGAUGGCCAUCCCCAGGAGCCUUGUGAGCCCGGUGCCCUAGGAACAGGAUGACUUUCUGCGAGUGAAGGUCGAGGAUGAGGAGGCCAGCUUCUCUCAGGCCCAGGAGUCUAACUUUGGCCACCCCUCCCACCCUGAGGCUGCCCAUCUGCGCUUCCGACACUUCUGCUUUGAGGAGGCAUCCAACCCACGUGAGGCCCUGGCCCGGCUCCGGGAGCCCUGCCGCCAGUGGCUGCGGCCCAAGGUGCGCUCCAAGGAGCAGGUGCUGGAGCUGCUGGUGCUGGAGAAGCUCCUGGGCGCGCUGCCCCCCGAGAUCCAGGCCCGCGUGCGGGCUCGGUGCCCCGAGAGUGGUGAGGAGGCUGUGGCGCUCGUGGAGGACCUGACCCAGGCACUGGACGAGAGAGGCUGGGUGCUGGGAUCUGAGCUCUCAGAGGCGAGCUGUAAGCAGAGCAAUUCGGACGAGUCAGAGCCGUCAGACAGGGCCACUGAAACCCUGGUAGGAGGGCUUUCCCCAGGACCCACCUUUGGUGAUGCCCGCGAACCUGAGGGCAGCUCAGAGAGGCAGGCCGGACUCUCAGGGAAGAUGUGGACAGAGUCUGUCACCCAAGAGAUGGAUUUCAGGAAAACUUCAGGGCCUCACAGGGGCGCCCUCACAGACCAGCCUGGCUGUGAAGCUGGUGCUUUGGGGGACAGUCCCAACGUGUGGCCAGACUUCACCUCCCAAGAGAAGACUCCUUCCAGAGAGAAAGUGGAUCCACUGGAUGGUUAUGGCACAGAGCCUCCAGGCACAUACUUGGGGAGGAAGCCCUCCAAGUGUGGUGAGUAUUGGAAGACGUUCCGGAGCCCCUUGGCCCUGGAGGCCCACCAGAAGAGCCGUGCUCAGAAGAUGCCCCACACCUGCAGUGAGUGUGGGAAAGCCUUCAGCCGGAGUGCACACCUGGCCCAGCACCAGGUGGUCCACACGGGGGCCAAGCCCCACGAAUGCAAGGAGUGCGGCAAGACCUUCAGCCGGCACACCCACCUGCCCCAGCACCAGAGGAUCCACACCGGGGAGAAGCCCUACGCGUGUGAAGAGUGCGGCAAGACCUUCAGCCGCAGCACCCGCCUCAGCCAGCACCGGUGUGUGCACACGGGCGAGCGGCCCUACGCAUGCGAGGAGUGUGGCAAGGCCUUCCGCCAGAGCACCCACCUGCCCCAGCACCAGCGUGUGCACACGGGUGAGCGGCCCUACGCAUGCGAGGAGUGCAGCAAGGCCUUCAGCCAGAGCACCCACCUGACCCAGCACCUGCGCAUCCGCGCAGGGGAGAAGCCCUACAGGUGCGACGCCUGCGGCCGAGCCUUCAGCGACUGCUCGGCUCUGAUCCGGCACCUGAGGAUCCACUCCGGAGAGAAGCCCUAUCAGUGUCAGGUUUGUCCAAAGGCCUUUGCACAGAGCUCGUCCCUCAUCGAGCACUAGAGGGUCCACUCGGGGGAGAAGCCCUACAAGUGCAGCGACUGUGGGAAGGCCUUCGGCCGCGUCUCAGCCCUCAGGGUUCACCUGCAGAUCCACAUCACCGUCCUGCAGUAGCCGAGGAAGCCUCCCCACAGCGGCUCAGCAUCGAAGAGAAACCUGAGUUCUGAAAGAGCUGGGAGGGACGGGGCGGGUGACUGAUGAAUCCCCCCCAAAGGACCGGGUGCUAAAGGGCAAACUCUGGGGCUGUCCGGGAGCAACUCUUCAUUCUGGGACCCAGAUGGCGGCCCCUGAUGAACAUAAAGCUAUUCAGGUCAGCUGGCGAAGCUUCCAGAAGGCUCCUGCUGCCCUCCAUACCCCACUCAAGCCCAUCUCAGAGAGAGGACAGCUGAGCUGAGGAUGUGGAUUGGUCCUCGGAGCCAAGGCAGUCAGGGUCAAGUUGCUCUCAGGACAGUGGUCCCUGGAUGCUUGGGGCGGGGAGGCUCCAGCUUCACAUUCCCACAUGGCGUCUCUUCUUGCCCGUUCCUCUGCCGCGUAGCCCAGGAGGGACACCUGCCCGUGCCCACUUCUGUGCCUUCGCACGUGCUGUUUCCCUCCACCUGUUCACGUUGACUCCAAGGCCAGCUUGUGAGGCUGCCUUUUCCAGACCCUCAGCCUCUAUCGCAUUUUCCGUGUCCUGAGGGUACGGCUGGCCACUUGCCAGGCAUCCGUUUCUACCCGCCUCUCCUUCCACAUCCCACCAUCAGUCAGCCCUGUUGCUCUUGCUUACAGCCACCUCUGCUCCAUCUUCUCCACCACUGUUUCCUUAUGCGAGCCCACAUCACCUGUCACCUGGAUUCCAGCAGGGGUCUCCUUCCUGACCCCUCCCUGCUUUCAUCACACACACAUGCACACACCACACACGUCACAGACCACACGUCUACACGCACCACACACAUAAUACACGCACCACACACAUAAUACACCACACCACACAUAAUACACCACACACAUAAUACACCACACACAUAAUACACACACCACACAUAAUACACACACCACACACAUAAUACACACACCACACAUAAUACACACACCACACACACCACACACAUGCACCCCCCCACACCACGUACAUACACACACCACACACAUACACCACACAUGAUACACACACCACACACAUAAUACACACACCACACACAUAAUACACCACACAUUAUACACCACACACAUACCACACACCACACACAUGCACACACCACGUACAUACACACACCACACACAUACACCACACAUAAUACACACACCACACACAUCACAGACCACACGUCUACAUGCACCACACACAUAAUACACACACCACACAUAAUACACACCGCACACACACACCACACACAUGCACCCACACACACACACGUACAUACACCACAUACAUACACAUACCACACACAUACACACACUACACACAUACCACACACCACACACAUACACCCCACACACACACACCACGUACAUACACACACCACACACAUAAUACACCACACAUAAUACACACACCACACACAUAAUACACCACACAUAAUACACACACCACACACAUAAUACACCACACAUAUACCACACACCACACACAUGCACACACCACACACAAACACACACCACACACAUACACCCCACACACACACCACAUACAUACACACACCACACACAUACACACACCACACAUAACACACACACCACACACCACACACAUCACAGACCACACGUCUACACGCACCGCACACAUAAUACACCACACACAUAAUACACACACCACACACACACACCACACAUAAUACACCACACACAUACCACACACCACACACAUGCACACACCACGUACAUACACACACCACACACAUACACACACCACACACAUACACACACCACACACAUACCACACACCACACACAUACAGCCCCCACACACACCACGUACAUACACACACAACACAUGUACACACACCACACAUAAUACACACAUAAUACACCAUACAUAUACCACACACCACACACAUGCACACACCACGUACAUACACACAAAACACACAUACACACACCACACAUAACACACACACCACACACCACACACAUCACAGACCAUACAUCUACACACACCACACACAUAAUACACACACCACACAUAAUACACACAUCACACACAUACACACACCACACACAUGCACCCCCUCACACACACCACGUACAUACACACACCACACACAUACACCACACAUAAUACACACACCACACACAUGCACCCCCUCACACACACCACGUACAUACACACACCACACACAUACACCACACAUAAUACACACACCACACACAUGCACCCCCUCACACACACCACGUACAUACACACACCACACACAUACACCACACAUAAUACACACACCACACACAUACCACACACCACACACAUACACCACACACAUGCACCCCCACACACACACCACAUACAUACACACACCACACACAUACACACACCACACACAUAGUACACACACCACACAUAAUACACCACACACAUACCACACACCACACACAUACCACACACCACACACAUACACCACACAUAAUACACACACCACACACAUGCACCCCCACACACACCACGUACAUACACACACCACACACAUACACCACACAUAAUACACACACCACACACAUACCACACACCACACACAUACACCACACACAUGCACCCCCACACACACACCACAUACAUACACACACCACACACAUACACACACCACACACAUAGUACACACACCACACAUAAUACACCACACACAUACCACACACCACACACAUACCACACACCACACACAUACACCACACACAUGCACCCACACACACAGCACGUACAUACACACACCACACAAUACACACACCACACAUAAUACACACACCACGCACAUACCACACACCACACACAUACACCCCACACACACACCACGUACAUACACACACCACACACAUACCACACACCACACACAUACCACACACCACACACAUGCACCCACACACACCACGUACAUACACCACACACAUACACACACCACACACAUACACACACCACACAUAAUACACCACACACACCACGUACAUACACACACCAUACACAUACCACAUACCACACACAUCCCAGACCACACACACACACACACACCACACACAAACCAUCGUUUUCUUUUCCACACCAGCCUCCAGCAGGCUCUUUCCACAGCCUGAAUCUGAUUGUAUCUCUCCAUGUGGGAAGCUCUCCACCGCGUCACCUUCUACAGCAAAGCUUCCUGAAUGGGUUACAAGCUUGCCAAGAUAUAAGUUGCUUUGGGUGCCAAGCCGUCUCUCCAGUUACCUUCCUAUGUGUAUAGGAAUACUGUCGUUUUUCUGUGUGUGCAGUGGAGUGAAGACGGUUUCAAAGUACUGCCCUGUGUAAUAAACCUCAGAUCCGUCA